AAGUUCCAGAAAUCAAGGGAGACGCAGUUCUCGUCAAACAAAGUUCACCAGAAAUGUCAGCGAGAAUUGGAUAUCAGCUGGAAGAUAUAUCGCGAUAUCUAGAUGGUUUGCGAGAGCAGAAGAAAGCAAGUGAAGAUAUCAUUGGCCAUUUGAAGAAAGAACGAGAAUUAAUCUCAUUGCAGAUUGAUGAAUUGCGUAUGAAACUGAACACGCUAGAUACGAGAAUAGGAAAAGAGGAAGAAAUUUGUUCACGUUUGGAAAGAACGAUAGCGCAUGCAAAUGAAACAUAUGAAAAACUUGUCGAAUCCUCUCAAAGUUUAGUGGAUUAUGUUAAAAAAGAAUAUGAAGGUGCUCGCAGUUCAGGAUCAUCAUUUACUUGAAAUAAAAUUGGUGUACACUAAUCUGUACUAACCAGUAAUGAUGGCAUGGUCAAAGAAGCCGUUUGGAGCUUUUAAAUUUCUGCAAAGCAGUAGUGUUUCUUUUUAUAAAGUAAUGUUACUUUUCCAUAGUACUCCUAAUAUCGCUUUCUCCAUUUCAUCACACGUAUUAUGUUUCAGUCGUCUAGAUGUGGACAUCAAAGAUGUGACAGUAUUAUCGACUGAUUUUUACCUGCAAUUCUUUAAUUCUUUAUUUUUUCUAAUGUCUGAAAAUGCCGUUCGUUUUUUAAUUCAGAUAGUAAGUGUUAAUUCAAAUACUAUGAGUGAUUUUGAAUAGUAUUCGUACUGGUGUUCCUUAACACUUUUUAGGAUUUCUUAUCAAGUGGAAAUGCGUUAUACCGGAUUGUCUUGGUAAUGUUCCGUUCGAAACCAUUUAAAAGUCAUU